CCUCGCCAAGCAGGAGGGGGUGGACAGGAGUAGCCGUGUGCUGUAAUGUCACAUUUAACCAGCGCUGUCCCAGCGUUAAGCGGUCCUUCACGGUGGUUAUGUUUUAUCUGACUAUUUAUGUAUUUUUAAAAGGAAGUUGGCAUUGUUCGGGGUUUGAAUUGCGUAUGUUCCCGAAGCUGCCGCCGCGGUUUAGGGGACCCGUGCAGUUAUGGUGGGGUAUGACCCUGGGGCGCAGGGAGCGACGCUCUCCACAGAGGAGGUGAUGCUGGCCGGUUCUCUGGCCGGCAUGGUGACCAGAGCUCUGAUCAGCCCCUUGGAUGUUGUCAAAAUCCGAUUCCAGCUGCAGAUCGAGAAGGUGUCGGCGCGGUCUCCCCAGGGGAAGUACCACGGCCUGUGGCAGGCCUGCCAGCGCAUCCGCGCGGAGGAGGGCCUGCGGGCUUUCUGGAAGGGCCACAUCCCCGCCCAGCUCCUCUCCAUCGGCUUCGGGGCCGUGCAGUUCGCCAGUUUUGAGUUCCUGACGGAGUUUGUGCACAAGGCCACCCCCUACAACAGCAGGACGGCAGGGGUGCACUUCGUGUGCGGGGGGCUCGCAGCCUGCUCGGCCACUGUGGCCUGCCAGCCCCUGGACACCCUCCGCACGCGUUUCGCAGCUCAGGGAGAGCCCAAGGUGUACCAUAACCUGAGGCAUGCCCUGUCCACUAUGUAUCGCACUGAGGGUGUCCUUGCAUUCUACCGGGGCCUGACGCCCACCAUGAUCGCCGUCUUCCCCUACGCUGGGAUGCAGUUCUUCUUCUACAACAUCUUACAGCACGUCUACCUUUGGGCCAUGCACAGCAAUGCCAGCGCCACAGAUAAUGUUCGUAACCUCGUGUGUGGUGGCUGUGCUGGGGUGAUCAGCAAGACCAUCACCUACCCUUUUGACCUCUUCAAGAAGAGGCUGCAGGUCCGGGGGUUUGAGGAGGCCAGGAUCCCCUUUGGACAGGUCCGGUCGUACCAGGGGUUUGUGGACUGCAUGGCGAAGAUCGCCCAGGAGGAGGGCCUGCGGGGCUUCUUUAAGGGCCUCUCCCCGAGCCUGAUCAAGGCGGCCAUGUCUACGGGGUUCACCUUCUUCUGGUACGAGCUCUUCUGCGACUCCCUGCGCCUCCUGAGGGGAAGGAGGGACUGAAGGGAGCAGCUGGGGAGAGGGGAGGAGAGGCACAUCUGUUUCCAGACCACCUCGUGCCCUGCCUCACUGCCUCCUGUUCUCCUUACGCCGGCCCAGACAGGCGGGCCACGUUACUGACAUUCUGCACCAGGGGUGGCCGGUGCGACCCACGCUCCAGCGGGCUCUCCGCUCCUCCGUUGUGAAAGACCCGGGAGGAAAAAUGUCAGCUGGUAAAUCUUGAGGCGGGAGGUGACCAGCAACCAGCCCGACUGACCAGCACGGGGCUGUGAAUGAUUCCUGACUGGCUGCGCCCUAAGCGACGCAGGAGUUUCUGUUGUUACUUUCAUCUGCCAAACAAAUUUACUGAUCGGUCAGUCACCUGUGGUGGUUUUGUUGUUGUUGCUGUUUUCAAGUCUUUAUUAUUUGAGGGCGUCUGUCCAGGAGACUGGGCCUGGCCUCCACCCCUUGGUAGAGAAUAUCCUAUACCUCAAAACCUAAGACACCACAGGGUGUCGGUCAGCUCCUCUUCUCUCUGCAUGCUAUCCUUUAUCUUGCAGCUCUCCACUGAAAGCGCACAUGUCAAUUCACUUAUGCACGUCACUGCAUGUUCACGUGCAAAGAGAAAUAGUUUAAACAUUACAGCUGCAUCAGUUCUCCAUUCAGACAGAAAUGCAGUGUGCCUUACACAACGCACAGCUCUUAUUUAUUUAUCUGUUGCACGCAGUGUUAACUAUGAAUGUAUUUUGUGUUCAGGCAGAAGUUGGGGGUUUUGCUCUUGGCUUUUCAGCAUGUUUCCUGUGAGGUCAACUCCAGUUCCGCGCACACACAAAUACACCCACCGUUAAAACACAAAACACGUUGAUCCUGAUUCAAGACAAUUCACAGAGGUUUACACUUGAAAACGUUAACACUGCAUUCUUACAGAAAAACAUGUUGAGUAGCUAAUCCACUUCAUUAAAGGAAUGUUGCUUGCCCUUUUAUUUACAGUUGGCGUACUCUUUUCAGAAAAUGAACAAAUGGUUUCAUAGGAAAUUAUAAAGAUGGAGGCUUUCUGAAAGGCUCUGUCCUACUCAAGGGAUUUACUGAGGAACUAAAGCCUCAGUUUAACACAAAGUUUGUGAAUCGGAGAGAUAUGGUUUUAGGUUGUUAAACUGAAUAACCAUAGCGUACACGCUUCUGGUGUUUAACAAGAAGUGAGUACAGCUAAGAAUUGAAUCUGUCUUUCAGCAAAAUCAUUAUCUUGUGUGCACAUACUUUAUAUGACUGCUUAAACCAUAGUCUUCAAAAGUGUUUGACGAGGGAACCAGCAACUGAAGUGCCUGUAUUUAAAAAGUAUAAGGGUGUAUAAUAGUUUUUAGAUCUUUAUCUUCUUAGGCAAUGCAGCAGUGUUUAGUGGUGCAUUUACAUGUGGUGUCCACAGAGAUGGCUUUUGAAAUACUCAUUUGUCAGCUUGUUGAUGGGAAGAGCUUAAUUAUUCACCUAAUAUGUCACGUUCUCUAUAUUGUUUGUGGAAAAUACAGUGAAGGUGCACACUGGACCAUCAUGUAUUUAACUAAAGCACAGAAUUAGCAGUGACUAGCUGUUAUGGAUGUAGAAGACCUGGGAGGAGGGAGGUUAAUCUUGGAAAAUACUUUCUUAAGUGAGAUUUUUUUCUCAGUCUCUCCUCACCCAGAUCAAUCUGAGCCCCUGUAUCCCCAUUCAGAAAAAAAAUCAGCUGGACUUUAGAAGCAUCCAAGCCUUUUUCAUUCUUUAAAUGAAUUGUUAAAUUUGUUUUUAAAUAGUAUCUCACUAUGUAGCACAGUGUUAUGAGAUUAGUUACUGGGUAAAAAUGGAACUGGCUGAACAGCAGUACUCAGCCUUUGCGUAAGUACCUGUUUCAUACCAGUGUUCAUGCUGCUUUAAUUGUGUGUGAAUUUAUAUGUCUGUUGGUGGGUUUUUUCUCUGAAAGCAGUUUCACUGAAAUCCGUCCUCCACCGUAUUUAGGUCUCCAGUUCAUGUGUGUAUAUUCAACAAUUAGUAAGUGUGCUUUACAGCAAAAUAUUGGCUGUGUUUGCCCGAUUUUGCAUCGGUGGGCUGUAUGACUCUCUUGUCAUUCUGGGGGGAAAACAAUUUAAGUGUUUUUGUCAGAGGCCAAGAACACAGUGUGUGCUUAUCUCAGACCUACGUACAGUACUGUACAUCCAGAGUCUCUUUGUGGUCACCAGAUCACACCGAACUAGCUGUUCUAUCUCUCAUGUAUAUUUUUUUUACUUUAAAGAAGAUAUAAUAAAAUAUAAAAUCUUGACUGAA